AGAAGUGAAAAUGAUAAAGAUAGAGAAAAUUCAUUUAAAUCAAAUAACAUAAGAGGAAUUGUAUAAAAAUCAUUAGAACCAUAAAGUAAAAUGAAUUAAGAAAAAAAUAACAUAGAUGAUGAUAAUUAAAGUUGUAAUUCCUUUAAUAGAUAAUAAUAAAUUUAAUUAAAUUAAGAAAUAUAGAAAUAAAAAUAAAAUAUCUUAGAAGAAGAUGAAUAAUAAAAAGAAUUUUAACAAAAAUAAAAAUAAUUAAAAGAUUAGCAAGCUUAAUAAUUAAGAAAAUAAUAAGAAUUGUAACAAAAAUCUGAAGAAGAACAAAAAUAAAGAAUUUUAGAUUAAGAAAAAAAAUAAAAAGAAUAUUAAUUAAAAAUUUAAUAACUAAAAUAAUAAAAAAACGAUGUUGUAUCUCCUAAAAAGCCUUAAGAUUAAAAUAAUAAUAUUUAAAAUUAUAUUUAAAAAAAUUAAUAAAAAUUAUAAAAAUAAGAUGUUGAGAAACAAGAAGAGGAAGAAGAAGAUGAUGAAAAUAAUGCAAUUGAUUUAGAUAGUGAAGAAGAUUAAAAAGAAGAAGAAUAAAAAGAAGAAGUAAAAAAAGAGCGAUAAUAAAAUUAAUGAUUUAAAAAAUAAAUAGUAAACAAUAUAAUAAAUACAAUCUAAUUAAUAAUAAUAAUAAUAAUAAUAAUAAUAAUAAUAAUAAUAAUAAUAAUAAAAAUUAUAAUUAAAUUAAGUAAAUUUUUAAAUUCUUUAAUACCAAAAAAAAAUUACUGAAUUGUAAAAUGAAAAUGAUAUUUUGAAAAAAAAUUAAUAUUAAAAUAAUUCUUAAGAUUAAUAAAAUAAUACUGUAAAUUCAUUAGAUAAUGAAAAACUUAAAUAAAAAUUAAAAGAAACUACUUAAUUAUAUACUAAAUGUCAAUCAGAAAUGACAAUGUUAUAAUAAUAAUUUAAAUAAUUAGAAAAUAAACAUAAAAAUGUAUAUAAAUUUUAUAUAUAUUUCUUUUUAUAAAAAAAAUAGCUUGUUUCUGAUUAUUAAAAUUUAAGAAAAGAAUAUCAAGAUAAUCUUGAUAUUUAAGAUUCUAUAAAAGAUGAAAAAGAUAAUUUGAAUAUGGAAUUAAAAAAAAGAUUAGAAAAAAUAUAAUUAUAAUAAGAAGAAAUAAACAGAUUAAGAAAUGAAUAAAGUAAAACAGAAAAUGAAAAUUUUAAAUUUUAAAAGAAAAUAUAAGAAUUAUAAUUACAAAUAAAUUCUUUAAAUACACAAUUAACAGAGAAUACGUCUGAUAAAAGCUAAAUAGAAUAAAAUUUAAGAAAGUAAAUUAUUGAAAAAGAUAAUUAUAUUUAAGAUUUGAAAUAAAAUAUUUAAAAAAAUGAUGAAAAUUCUAAUAAUUUAUCAUUAUUUGAACAUUCGUAAAAAACUUUAGAAAUUGAAAAUUAAAAAUUAAGAUAAAAACUUGAUUUUUUAACUUAAAAUAUAUAAAAAACUGAACUUAAUAAUUAAAAAGAAAUUGAAUAGAAAGACUAAAAAAUAAAAGAAUUAAAAGACAGAGUAUUAUAAAUAAUUCAUUAAAAGUAAAACGAUGAAAACUAAGAAGGGGAUAAUUAACAAUAUUAAAAAUAGGUUUUAUAGCAAGAAGAAAUAAUAGUCCAAUUAGAAGGAUAAAAUAAUGAAUUAGAAAAAUAAGUGGCAUCAUUAACUAAAAAAUUAUAAAAUCUAUAAACUUAAGUAAAGUAAUAAGUAAAUAGUGAUUAAGAAAUAUAAAAUGUUAAGGAUAUUUUCCAAAAACAAAUGCAAAAAAUGUAAGAAAUAGUUUAAAAUAAAGAAAAAGAAAUUGAAGAAAAGCGUAAAAAAAUAUCUAGUUUAGAAGGAGAAUUAUUAAAUUAAAGAAAGGAAGAAUUCGGGAAUACUAAUAGUGAAGAAAAUUACAAAAAAUAUAAAUAAUAGAAAGAAAAAAAUAAAAAAAUGUAGGAAGAAUAUGAUGAAUAAAUAUAAUAACUAAAAAUUGAAAUUUAAAAUUUGUAAAUGCAAAAUAGAGAAAGUUCUAAAGGAAAUACAUAAAAUUAAGGAAAUAAUUCAGAUAAGGAAAUUGCAAAAU